AUGGGCAGGAGAAAGAUAGAAAUCAAGGCCAUUAAGGAUGACAGGAAUCGCUCCGUAACAUUCUUGAAGCGUAAAGGGGGGUUAUUCAAGAAAGCCCAUGAGCUUUCCGUUCUGUGCUCUGUCGACGUUGCUGUUAUUAUCUUCGGCAACAACAAGAAGCUAUACGAAUAUUCAUCCAGCAACAUUCGCGAUAUACUACAACGAUAUACUUAUCACGGAGGACCCAAUGAGCACAAAGGCCCUUCUGAUUUCAAUGGCGGCGCCGACGACGACGACGACGACGACGAGAACGGGACCAAUUCACAAGGGGAACAACAUAUGAUGUACCAACAAAACCCGCCGGUUCCAUAUCCUUUCCUCCGCCAUACGAGUCUUUCAGACUCACCUCCGGUACCAAACGGUGCGUUCGGGCCUCAGCCGGGACACCAAAUGAGCCGCGCUCAUACUCCUCAACCGCCCUUCGUUAAUCGGCCACCAUCCGUCAACGAUAUCCGAAGGUUGAGGCCCGGUCAGCCAGUCGGUCCCGCGGGAGUUGCCCAGGAACUUCAGAAUAGGAGCGCCUUCGUGCCGUCACCUCCCAUCUAUAACCCGCAACCUCCUGCUACCAUGGCGCCUACUCAUGGCCUUCCCACGCAAUUGCAUCCCCAGUAUCCGUUCCAACCGUCUCAGCCUCCUACUCAUCCCAUGCAACAGUUCGAGGACCAGAGGAGGUCGCCUCUUCCCCCGACGUUUGUCUCUCAACCACCGCCACAUCCAGCACAGCGCCAUUCUACGUCUCCGCCUGAACUACUGCACCCACACAUGCCGCAACAACAAGUACAUCGCCAUUCUGCCUCUCCUCAAGUUCACCAAGCCCAGCUUCCACAGCAGCCUCAGCGGCUACCGAGCGCAAAUAUGUCACCUCCUCCGCCACAACCAGCUCAACCGCCUCAGCAGCAGCACCAUCAGCAACAUCAACAAUCUCAACCCAUGUCUAACCAAAACCUUCAACCUCCUGCACCGCCAAAACCAGAGUCUAUGGAUAGACCACGCCGCCUGAUUCCCUCGCUGAAUACAUCGGUUAAGAACCCUGGGCAGGGAAGUGUCUUUACCCCAAUCGAACCAGAGAACAAGUCUAUUCUGUCUCAGCAUUUUGCCGCAUUCCGUCCGGAUAUCAAGUCUGAGUCGCCAAACAACCGGUCGCAGUCUGUCGACGGCGGCAAUGUGUCCAAGCCUAACACCUCUACACCAUCUAUCCAGCUCUCCAGCGCACAUGGCCAAGGGUCAGUUCAGAGGACGAAUUCAUUGACGGCAAUCUCACAAUCGACGCUUCCCCCGCCAUCCCGGGGGCCCCAACACCUGCGGGUGGGAGGUGGACCAUUGCGACCGCGACUUAAGGUGCAGAUUCCGGACGACUCGGAUAGCGGAAGCGCUGCUGGGUCGGCGAAUUCUCCUCGAGUUACAACCACAACGGACUCCGCCCCGCAACCGCUAAAGACCGGUCCUGUGCUUCCACCGCCGUCACCGUCAGCUUCUAAUUUGCCGUCUGCAGGUGCCACAGGGCCACCUAAUCCCUUUGCUCCUCGAUCUACUAUUCAACACAAUAACAAUAUGAACAUCGACACUCCUGUGUCUGCCCUCCCAUCUCGGUUCUUGGGCGAUUUGCUGCCUAGUCCUAGCAGAUUCUAUCCCGAAUGGGGGUAUGGCAUCAGCGGAGAGAGCAACACGCUUCCUAGCCCGUUGAACUUUGCCACACCUGUCAACGGGACCGGGCCAUCUUUCUUGAGAGACGAUCCCACUCCCCUGAAGAGGAAGAGUCCCGAAAGUAAAAGUACCGGGCCUGAAAAUGACUCUGGGAACAGCCACGACGCUAAACGGAUGCGGCUCGAAUCUUAG